AACACACACACACACACACACACAUUUUUAUGCGUGUAUCUAUAGUUUGUUUAUAUAAUUGUGUGUUUUUUCUUUUUUCUUUUCGCCCCACCAUUUCGAAUUGUAAUUCACUGCAAAAAUCCAGUGCUGAGUAACUUACUUAAUCUAGCCGGAUGGAUGUUUCAGCUUUCCCAUUGAGCGUGCCCAAUUGACCUGCCGCUGAUUUAUUUGAAUAUUAGGAAAUGGUCGGUUUUCUGCUGGCAUACGACGUCGUUUUUCUCCCGCCGGACUUGUCAAAUCUUGAUUUAUUUCGUUUUCUUUCUGAGAUCUUUUAGUUGAUCCGAGAGUCAGAACUCAAUGGGGCACUGUUGCAGCAAAAACGUCACGGUCUCCGUCGACAAGGAGGGCUCCAACUCCGCCGCCGCCAACCACCGCCGACAGACCCCCGCAUCGGGAUCGCAGACGCCGUCCGCCGCCGCGAACGGUGCGGCACGAGGCACCCCAGCUCAGUCAUUCACUGCGAGUCCAUGGCAGAGUCCCUACCCCGCCGGCAUCGCGCCAUCUCCCUCGCCGGCGAGGACUCCCGGACGCAAGUUCCGGUGGCCUUUGCCACCUCCAUCGCCGGCGAAGCCCAUUAUGUCCGCUUUGUUCAAGCGGCAGCCAGCCACACAGCCAGCGAGGCCAAUUCCAGAGGAGGCGGCCGGCGACGGUGGCGAGCGGCAGCUUGAUAAGAGCUUUGGGUAUUCAAAAAAUUUCGCGGCCAAGUAUGAGCUGGGCAAAGAGGUCGGGCGGGGGCAUUUUGGGCAUACUUGUUGGGCUAAAGGUAAAAAAGGGGAGCUCAAAAAUCAACAAGUAGCUGUAAAGAUCAUUUCGAAAGCGAAGAUGACGACAGCAAUAGCAAUUGAAGAUGUACGUAGGGAGGUGAAGAUAUUGAAGGCCUUGUCUGGACAUAAAAAUCUGAUCAAGUUUUAUGAUGCAUUUGAAGAUGCCAAUAAUGUCUAUGUGGUUAUGGAAUUGUGUGAAGGAGGUGAGCUGCUUGACCGUAUUUUAGCACGAGGGGGAAGAUAUUCAGAAGAGGAUGCCAAGAAAAUAGUGAUGCAAAUGUUGAGUGUCGUUGCCUUUUGUCAUCUACAAGGUGUUGUACACCGAGAUCUAAAGCCGGAGAAUUUCCUGUUUGCCACAAGAGAUGAAGAUUCUCCUAUGAAGGUCAUAGAUUUUGGUCUAUCUGAUUUUAUCAGGCCAGAUCAACGUCUGAAUGACAUUGUUGGGAGUGCAUACUAUGUUGCACCUGAAGUGCUCCACAGAUCUUACAGCAAUGAAGCUGAUAUUUGGAGUAUUGGCGUGAUUACGUACAUCUUGUUGUGUGGAAGCCGUCCCUUUUGGGCGCGCACGGAAUCUGGAAUCUUUCGUUCGGUGCUGAGAGCCGAUCCCAACUUCCAUGAUGCCCCAUGGCCAUCGGUCUCGGCCGAGGCCAAAGAUUUUGUGAAGAGGCUUCUGAAUAGGGAUCACAGGAAAAGAAUGAGUGCUGCACAUGCACUAACUCACCCAUGGUUAAGGAGCCUAAACUGCACUAUACCGUUAGACGUGACAAUCUACAGAUUAAUCAAGUCAUACAUUCGAGCCACUCCUUUGAAACGUGCUGCCUUAAAAGCAAUCUCAAAAGCUCUGACAGAGGAUGAACUCCACUACCUUAAAGCUCAAUUCGAACUCUUGGAACCGAAAGAUGGUUGUGUUUCCCUUACUAAUUUCAGAAUGGUUGGUACUGUUUCGUUGUUUCUUUUAAUUGUGCUACCUGCUAAAACAUGGGCUUAUAUUAAUCCUCUGACCUUACAGGCACUCAUGGGAAAUGCAACUGAUGCCAUGAAGGAAUCAAGAGUUACUGACAUUUUGAAUAUGGAGUUGAGCUUAGGUCCUACUGCUUACUCUCUACUCAACGAUUGGAUCAGACCAACUGACCGGAAAUUGAGUUUCCUCGGAUUUACAAAGUUCUUGCAUGGUGUAACUGUCCGAAACUCAACUACAAGGCACCGACACUAAAAUCUUGUUUUUGUGAUUGCUUUUACUUUGAAAAAUGUAUUUUUUUAAAAGUUCAUUUUUACAGACCCUUCCAGGAUUUGACUGGAAAUGAAAAUUUGUAUUAGAGUGUUUUCGGAGAAAUUUGGUGGGGAGGAAAAAAAUACGAAUCAGAAAGAAUUGUAAUAUUUAGGGAAGCAGAUACUGGGAUUUAUAAUGGAAUAUCAUUUUAUUCAUGUG